AGGAUUCCAAGAUGCGCUGAAUGUGGAACGCAGAACACUGACUUGAUAGCGACGGACAAAGCCCUCUGGAAGCUUUUGUCUUCCUUGAAGCACCUAGAAGAAAUCAGCUAAAUUGAUACCAAAGAAUGUCUUCUGACAUUUCUAACACAAUCACAAACCUCGCCGUGACCUUUUCGUCCACAUCGCCAUUUCUCAGCAACCCAUCGCUACUCCCACGCACACAUCACAUUCUCGGUAAUUUGCAGCAUGUUGGGCCUGUCGGUCCAGGAGCAAUGGCGGACGUACAUAUGUUUGCAAUCGCAGAGGUUGACAGAACAGAGGUGGUGGACGUGCUAAAGGCGCAGGACGGCGUGUUGAGGGUUGACGUUCUCGAGAAAAAAAGGCGCGCAAAGAGGGAUGAGUUUUAAGUGGCGUCAGUGGAAAGCAUCACCACGCUUGUCUUCCUUAACACACGACUUGAAUGCUUUUCUUUCCAAUUCACCACGACCUACUUAUCAAAGAUUUUCUGUGAAACGUAUGAAGAAGCGUAUGAUAAAAACUUUAGAAACUCUCAUGAAGCCUUUUCCACCGGCAUACGGUUUCUUAGUAACCGGUGCUAACAUAGAACACCAAUUGGCCUGGUAUCUCACUCUGAACCAUCUAACACUCCAAUCGUAAUCAUGUCUAAUCUAGUUCUAGAUCUCUCUGUUGCGACUCUGUUCAGCGUGAAAGGAAAGAUAGCUCUCGUCACCGGUGGAGGUACUGGAAUAGGAAAAGCCAUAGCCACCGCAUUGGUCCAGAACGGGGCCAAAGUGUAUAUCGCUGCAAGGAAAGAAGCUCAGUUGAAAGAAACUGCAGAGGAGCUGAACAAGCUCAGCCCCGGAAGCGUUCAGUACUUCGUUGCAAACAUUGGUUCGAAAGCGGGUUGUGAUGCUCUCAUUGGCGAAAUCAAAAAGCGUGAAACAAGCCUUCACAUCUUGGUGAACAACUCGGGCAUAUCAUGGGGUGCACCAUACGACAAUUUCCCAGAGGAGAAGGGGUGGGAUAAUGUCAUGGCUGUCAACGUGAAGAGCAUAUUCUAUAUGACCUCUGGCUUGACCGACUUACUCGGGAAAGAUGCGACGCCAUUGGAUCCUGGCAGAGUCAUCAACAUAUCCUCUGUCGCUUCUGUAAAUCCACGAGUAGAAGGUAGCGUAGUUAGUGCUUCAGGUAGUGGCACCUACAGUUACAAUGUCAGUAAAGCCGCAGUGAACCACCUCACUUCUAUUCUCGCUGUUAAGCUGGCACCUAGAAAAAUAACCGUCAACGCCAUAUGUCCUGGGAUUUUCCCCACCAAAAUGACUGCAUACGGUUUUAAGCAAGCAGGUGCAGACCAAAUUGCAUCCUCGCAACCAACUGGCCGUGUUGGUAUUCCUCAGGAUUUGGCCGGAAUUUCUCUUUUCGAGCCACUAUGUGUCGUGGAGAGGUUGCACCACAGGCGAAGUUGUAGUGUCGUAUGAAUUAUGGAACUAAUUCAUGGUGAAGAUACUAUAUGGAGUGUACCGAAUAUUUGUGAGCCUGUGAAGUCAGUAAGCUUGAGGUAAAGUAUCAAAUCAUCCGAUCACGGCUUUAU